CAGCCGGUGUUUUCAUAUUUUUACGCCCCUCGGCUCUUGUACGGUGGUUUCCAUGCUUCAAAGACGACAAACGUAGCGGACAGGGGUGACAUGACUCUGACCAGAGGAUCUUUCACCUACGCCAGUGGGGAAGAGUACCACGGCGAGUGGAAAGAAGGUCGGAGGCAUGGUGUGGGCCAGCUCAAGUUUCAGGAUGGAACCUGCUUCUCCGGCCAGUUCGAGAAUGGACUCUUUCACGGCUCUGGUGUGCUGCUCUUUACAGAUGGAUCCAGGUACGAAGGAGAAUUUGCACAUGGGAAGUUUCAAGGCACAGGAGUCUUCAGUAGAUUCGACGGCAUGAAGUUUGAAGGAGAAUUCACAGAUGGACGUGUUGAGGGAUAUGGCCUAUUGACUUUCCCAGAUGGAGCUCAUGGUGUCCCGCGAAACGAGGGCCUGUUUCAAAACCACAAGCUGCAGAAGAGAGAGAAGUGUCCAGGAGUGGUGCAGCGUGCGCAGGCUUCAGCCUCCAGCGCCCGCACUCUGGCGCUUUGACUGUCAUGGACCUCAGAGGAGACACGGUCAGGGUUCCAGCAACUUCCAGGAGGGCCUCAGGGAUGUGUACUCGUAUACUCCCCUCCAGCUCUUCUCUCUGUGUCUUUCUCUCUUUUUUUUCACCAUCACUUUCUUUUUCUGCAUCUUCCUCGCUUAGCCGUCACAGUGGCUUGGAAUGCACAUGCAAUUUGACCAAACAAUGGCUUUCUGUAUGACUGACUUGAAAUGCACAACACCAUGAAGCACACCUUUAACUUCACAAGUCAUGUUAACACCAAAUGCUGCUGUUUUGUUCCUUGUACUCAUAAACAGUGUCUUAGUGGUUUCUCUAGAAUAGUUAGCUUCAUAUAUCAGACAGCGGAAUAUAGGAGACCUCUUCUUACCAUGCAGUUGCACAUCUGGUACUUUAAAGGUCCAGUGUGUAGGAUUUAGGGGGAUAUAUUGGCAGAAAUGGAAUAUAAUAUAAUAAUUAUGUUCCGUUAAGUGCUUGUCAACAAACCAAAUACUGACUCUUGAUAGGGCCAUUUGUGUUUUUGCAUCGGCCACCGUAGUUAGCAGCCCCUCCACGAUGAAAGCGUCAGAAAAACAGGUUUUUUUAAAAUGUGAAACUGCUUUAUUUAGUGUUUUUACCAGUUUAAAAUAAUCAAUCUGUUUGUUCUGGAGAGGAAGAGACCACUGCAGAUAAUUUAGCCCCCGAUAAAAAACGCCUGAACAUCUGGAUCUUAAGUAACCUGAGAAAAAAGGUGAGCACACAUUAGCAGGCGCUAGGCUAGUGGCUG